CUGAGACCUGGGGUGGAAUAUAUUUUCAACAUCACUGCAGUUCUUCCAAAUGGCAGCUGCAGCAAGACCAGCUCAGUAUGUGUACACACAAGAACCAGUCUGGAGGAGCUGUUGAGUGACCUGGGACUGGAACACCACCUGAAGAACAAGCUGACUCUGAGCCAGGUGCUGCAGAUUGAUGGGGAGGCAUUAUCUGAUGAAAGCAUCCAGUCUCUGAAAGCUCUGCCAUGGUGUUUCCUGAGGAAGCUGAUGAUGGUGAAUGUGACUGCUAGGAGUGUGAGGUGCACCACUAAACAGGACAUGGAACCCCAAAACCUGGACAUCUUCCUGGACACCCUAGACAAUCCACAACUCCCCAGAAGCACAGUCAACCCCCUGGACCUCAUUACUGCUGUUCUUCUGUGCUCAGAUGGCUUUCUCCAGCAGGAGAUGGUUUUGAAAAUGUCCAUGUGCCAGUUCUCUGUGCCUCUGCUGCUUCCUAAAUGUGAUAAACAAGAGUGCACUUUAAUGCUGUGGGCCAUGAGGGAUAUUGUGAAAAAAUAUAAGCCGCGUUCUUUGGAGGACUCAAGAGGGUUUGUGGAGGAGAGCAUUGUUCUCUCUGACCUCCCCAUGGUCACUUUUGUGAGGCUGGGAAACUGCAGCAUGUCCAAGUCUCACAUUCUGAACCAGGUCCUCAGCAACCCUCAGCAGUACCACAACACCUUUGUUCACAAAAACAUGGAGUGUGGUGACACCCCAAGGAGGAUUUCCAAUGGGCUGGUGGAAAUCAGCUGGUAUCUGCCCAGUGGGAAGGGAAACAUUGACAUCUUCUCUGAGCCACUGGCUAUAGCUAACCUCCGUGGAGACCUCAGAGACUUUCAAAUUCAGUAUGCUUUCCUGUGUAGCACCUCUGCUGCCAUAUUUGUGUUUUGUGAUGAUUUUGGGUCCGAAUGCAAAAUUCUGGCCUCCAAACACAGUCAGACUCAGUGUUUCUUGAUCAGCAAUUCACAGAGCAAAAGCUUCAAUAAGAAUGAGUUCAGGAGAUAUGUUUCUGAGUUACAGCUACAGCAUAGUAACAUAAUCAUAAAGGGUCCGCAGAUUAAUGAUGCAGAAUUUGUCAAUAAACUACAUUCUGCUAUCAGUGACAUUUUAAAGGGAAACGUGGUCAAAAAGAGUGUUGAAGGGUUGUCUGCUGUCUCCCAUGAGUUUGGGAUCCAUGUUGAUGAAGAUUACACCUGCUGUAAGUGGGGCAAGGAGAAGGCUGAUGAAAUCACAGGAGAAAUAUCUGACAUACCACGCUUCAAGGAGAAGGAGCUGUCCUUGCAAGGGACUGCAUGGAAACAGCUGGCUAACCUGGAGAAGGAAGAGUGCAGGAUGAAAAAAGCUGGGGAGAAAAACAUAGAAAUUUACAGGAAUGAGCUUUCAGAUCAGAGGAAGAAGCUCAGAGCACAGCAGAGAGCUCACAACAUCUCGGAGUCCAUGUCCCGUUUCAUCUCUUCAAUGUCCAGUUCUACAGAGGAAUGCAAGUAUUUCCUCAAGUGGAUGAGGAUCAACCUGGACAACCUCUCAUGCAAAACCCUUCCACUGCUACAGGCAAAGUACAAGGAACAGUGUCAGAAUUCCCCAGAAAACAAUGAGGUCAUUUCAGAGUUGGACAGGAAGAUCUCCAGUUGUUCCUUGGGGACGGAGCACUUCCUGAGGGAAAUGGGUCAGCUGUAUGAGUCGGCCUGCUCACUCCCUGAAGGCCCCACCUCUCAGAUCCAGCGCCUGCCACGUCUGGCUGCUGAGCUCCUGCAGGAAGGCUUUCCUCUGGAGCUGGUGGAUGGAGACGCAUCCAACAUUCCUCUGCAGUGGGUUACACAGGUUCUGAAGGAACUCCAUCAUCUCACACAGUAUAAAUGUAAGAUCCGGGUGAUCACUGUACUGGGGGUACAGAGCACUGGGAAGUCCACCCUCCUGAACACCAUGUUUGGGGUCCAGUUUGCUGUCAGCAGUGGAAGGUGCACCAGAGGGGCCUUCAUGCUCCUCAUCAGAGUGAAAGAUGAUUUUAAGAGGCAGCUUGGGUGUGAUUACAUCAUGGUAAUUGACACUGAAGGUCUGAAGUCACCAGAGUUGGCCCAGUUGGAUGACAGUUAUGAGCACGAUAAUGAACUGGCCACUCUGGUGGUGGGGCUGAGUGACAUCACAGUCAUCAAUAUCGCCAUGGAGAACUGCACAGAGAUGAAGGACAUCCUGCAGAUUGUGGUGCACGCCUUCCUACGCAUGAAAGAAGUUGGGAGAAAACCCUGCUGUCAGUUUGUGCACCAGAAUGUGCCGGACGUCUCUGCUUAUGACAAGAACAUGAGAGACAGGAACCGUCUGCUGGAGCAGCUGAAUGAGAUGACCCAAGCAGCAGCUAAGAUGGAAAAGAAGGGAACCAACAAAACAUUUACUGAUGUCAUGGAGUAUGAUCCAGAGAAAAACAACUGGUACAUCCCUGGGCUCUGGCAUGGCAACCCUCCCAUGGCACCUGUCAAUGCUGGCUACAGUGAGUCUGUGAAUUUUUUCAAGAUGAGUGUGUUUGAGAAGUUUCUGGAACAAAAAUCUGGAAAGAGCUCAGCACACACAAUCAAUGAGUUCCUUGCAUGGACCAGGAGCUUAUGGAAAGCAGUGAAGUAUGAGAACUUCAUCUUUAGUUUCCGCAACAGCCUUGUGGCUGAAGCUUAUGCUGAGCUUUGCACCAAGUUUAACAAAUGGGAGUGGGACUUCAGGAAGGACAUGUACUCCUGGUUAAUGGAUGCUGAGACAAAAGUGUCAAACUUUGGAACAGAAGCAGCACAGACUCACUCCUCCAAUAUUGACAACUUGCUGAUCCACCUGAAAAGUGAGGCCUCUGUGAAACUGACAGGAGAGGAACAGCACAUUUUGAACAACCUCACAGAAUUCUACAAGAGACUCGAUGGACAUGUUCAAUUGGUAGAGAAGUACAAGGAGGACUUCAUCAGCACAGCCAAAACCAUCAGGAAGGAGACAGAGAACUCUGUGAUAAGCAAGCUUGAGGCAGCGGUGGAGAUCAGAAAGGGUUUAUUCAAGUUAGAUGACAUAAAAAAAAAAAACACCGCCACAAUGGAGCAGAAGGUGCUGGACCUGAUUGAGAAAUGCAGGAAAAGUGAAGAGCUGUCAGAUCAACCGCUGGAGGAUGAAUUUCAGAAGAUGUGGAAUGAGACUGUGAAAGAACUGCAGUUCUCUGGCCUGGAAAAACAGGACAUUGCUCAAAAUAUCUACCACCAGCUAAGGGCAAACUUAGGGAGAGAAGGCAGCUCAGUUCAUGAAAUUCUGUCUACAGUGGGCAAUUUGUCUGAAUAUGGAAAAGAGCCAUUGAUAGUGUACAGGAAAGAUAAUGGAGUUCCAGAAAACAUACAACAAAUGGCUAAUCACAUCAUCGAGUGCAGUAGGCAGUUUGUGGAUGAGAAAGUGAGAACCAGGUCUGAUUACCGUAACACAUACACGACAGAAUUGUUUCGCAUGGCAGAUGAACACAUGGACAAGCACUCAAAUCUGGAAAUAUCUGCUGAGUUUCGGGCCAAGUUGAAGAUCCACAUCUGUGGACAUGCAGCUCGAGAGUUUCAAAAAAUGCAUCUGGAUUUUAUCCGUGCAAAUGAUCCCCGUCACUGUCUGGAACAGUUCAAGGAACAGUAUUGCACUGACUUUAAGGACCUGUUCAGUAAGAGAGACCAGUGUCAGAAGAAGGCAGAGGAAUUCACCUCCAACUGUCUUCAACCAGCAGUGAAGGAAUACAUCACCAAGUCUCUGGGCCCUGACCUUGUGGAUGAAGUGUUGACAGGGCAGAAAGCCAUUGACUUCAGCACUCGAUCCUACUUCCAGUUCUCAAUCCUCAAGCAGCUGCUUUCAGAGGAUAACUUUAAGGACUUUGUGAAAUACAUAAAACACUACGAGACCUUUGUACAGGACUGGAUAUUGGAGCAGAUGGUUAAGCAGUUCACUGAGGGAGAUGGCCUCAGGAACAUUGAGAUUAAGCACCUGAAGGCAAAGGUUAAAAGAAUAAAGGAAGCUAUAAAGAAUGCACAAAUGGAGGCCAGUAAACGACCAGUGGGAAGGGGUAAGGAGGCAGAAAGGGGUGAGGAGGCUCAGAACAUUCAGCAGUUGAUUCAGGAUAUCUGUAGUGACCUACAGAAGGAGCUUGUCAUCCCUAAAGACCCCCUCAGAGCAGUCCUGGCCUUAAACUCUGCCAAGCCAGAAGACUUUUCCCGGUGUCUGGAGGUGCUUGUGGAUGAAAUGGAGCAGGAUUUAACUGCAGAGUUUCAGAAAGGUGGGGAUGUGAGGGCCAGGCUGACCUCACUGCCCUUUCAGCCGCAGAAGGAGCUGUUUAAAAGGGUGUUUGGCUGUGGGAGGCAGUGUCCCUUCUGUGAGACCCCCUGUGAAGCUGGUGGCAAGACCCACACAGAGCACGUUGCCUCCAUUCACCGUCCUCUGGGGAUCGGGAGAUGCAUAGAAAUUGGCUCCUUUAAAUUAAUGUGUGACAUCUGCUCAACCUGUGUUGCCAGUGAGAAUAACUUCAAGUCGACUGAAACAGAAUUGAAACCUCAUGCAUACAAGGAGUAUCAGAGCAUUUACCCUGACUGGCGCAUCCAGCCUGACACCAGCAUCCAGGCCUCAGACUACUGGAAGUACGUUUUCACCAGGUUUAACGAGCAGUUUGCCCAGGAAUAUAAAGCUGAGCCUGCUGACAUUCCCCCCCAAUGGAGAAACAUUACCCAGGACCAAGCCAUGGAAAACCUGGAGGAAUCCUUCCAGAUGAAAACAGGAGAUUAAAAUAAAUGGAUCAUACAUGCCCUGUUUCAGUAGGGCUGAAAAAUUAUCUUCUGAGUGGAAUUACAGUUUUUUACAAUCGUUUUCACACUUGUCUCAAUACCAUGUCCACUUUUUCAAAACACUUAACACAUUCACCAUAUCAUUAGACUAUGUGAACUAAACUGUGGAUAUUUUUGCAUUGCUUUCAUACUAAAGGCAUUCAAUCACCACUUCUUCCAAAAUUCAUGAAUACCUCUCUCAGUCAGUGUUCACUACCAGCAAAU